AUGGCAGGAAAGAUGACACUCCACAAACUGGUGGUUCUCGGAGACGGUGGUGUUGGGAAGACAGCUCUUACCAUUCAGCUCUGCUUAAACCACUUCGUCGAGACAUACGACCCCACCAUUGAAGAUUCUUACCGAAAGCAGGUGGUAAUAGACCAUCAAGCUUGCAUGCUAGAAGUUCUUGACACCGCCGGACAAGAGGAGUAUAUUUCUCUACGAGAUCAAUGGAUAAGAGAUGGCGAGGGCUUUGUUCUGGUCUACAGCAUCACUCACAGGCAAUCAUUCAACAGCAUACGGAAAUACUAUAAUCAGAUCCAAAGGGUGAAAGACUCGGGUAACGCAGGGUCGCCGACAGGUUCAAGCUAUUUGAACCCCUCGCUGGCAAUAUCCGCUCCUACUGGACCGGUGCCCGUUAUGUUGGUUGGAAAUAAAAGCGACAAAGUCACUGAAAGAGCAGUCUCUUCACAAGAAGGCCAAGCGCUGGCGCGUGACCUGGGCUGUGAAUUUGUUGAGGCAUCGGCAAAGAAUUGCAUCAAUGUCGAGAGAGCCUUCUACGACGUGGUUCGAGCUUUAAGGAGACAGCGGUCACAGCCCUCCAGGCAACCGGACCGAAGAGCAACGGGUUUUAGCACAAGCAGCAUGCGAGAUCGUACUACAGACCACUUCAUCCAUGCAGGGAAGAGGAGAGAGAAUAAGACGAAAUGUGUCAUAUUAUGA